AUGGGUCUUCUUUCCAGACUUCGGUCGCACGAAAACAGCCCCAAACCACAAACAAAACGGGGCAACGGGCAUAAAAGAGGUCUCACGUCGGGCUCGUCGUCCGCCAGUGAGUUCCUGGCCACGUCCUUUUCGUCCCACUCAUCUGUAGACUCUCCAAAACUUGUAGAGAACCACAAGGACCAGAGCACCAGAAAGCCCCCGCCAGCGGCCAUUGAGCUUCCGAAAAGAGGCAUGGACACGCCGCUGCAGAUGCAUCCAAUGCCGGGGCAAUAUAAUGGGGCCAACAAAGGUCCGAUGAGACGCAGCCCGAAUGAGCCAGAACCAAGCUCUCAUUCGCAACACCAUCCACAACAACAAUAUCAGCAAGCUCCACAGGCACAACAUAGUUACCAACACAACGGCGGGAGACCGCAGUCCUCGUUUAAUUUGCCCAAGACACGCGUGAACCAGGUCUAUAACCAGGACUAUCCAUCUCCACAGAUGCAUCCUCCAUCCGGACUCUCGAGGGGCGUUUCCGAUCUCAGUUUGUCGGAAACGGACUACUCCAGCUCGGACAUCAAUUCGGGCACUGAGUGCGACGACGAUCUGGAAUUCUCUGCUGCCCAGAAUCAUCCAUACUAUAAUCAGUGGAAGCAGUACUACCAGGCGAUGGCGCUGUAUCAAGCGCUCAUGGCGCAGAAGCAAGGCGGGGGUAACGUUUCGGCCAGAAACUCGAUGUUUCCAGGAGCUUUACCUUCAUCGCGAAUUCCUUCCGCGCUUCUGUUGCAUUCUAGAUCGGCGUCUGCUGCAAAUAACUUCGACGCUACUAUGAACGUGUCUGACAAUAACUUGCUCAGAAACAGCAGAAAAUGUACAAUGAAAUCCAAUAGGUCCGCCUCUGUUCCGCUGUUGUACCAGAAUGGCACCGUUGAAAGGAGUAACACUCGGUCAGUGUCUGUCGACGUCUCGGCUCCCAUCCAGACUUUGGAUGACAAUUCACCAGAAAUCAUCGACGACAAACCAACACAGAGUGUGCUAGUGGCAUCUCCUUCCAAGCGCGCUUCCCACAAUUUGCAUGAGAUGUUGAGCGAGCCUCGGGGCACUCGUCAAAUCUCUGAUUACGGCGCGUUCUUGCAGAGUGAUGAUGAUUCACGUCUGUCCUCUCCUGAGCCCCAGCCUCGUAAUCCUGAGCCCUCUAAGUUAUCUACUGUCAGUCUGCCGGGUUCAGAGGAUGAUAUCCUUCACGACUUAGAGGUCUACUCAUUGCCCCCCGAAUCUCCCAAAAAAAGUGUUGGCUUUGAACCGCCCACGAUUCCAGGCGACGAUUUGAACAGACAGAAUUCGUCCGCUUCUACAACCUCAUAUAACUCUUUGCAGAGUGAAAAGAACUUCUUCGUCAGCAAAACUCCGCACAGGGUUUCUACCAUAACUUCUCAAUCCCUGGCUCGUAUUGCUAAAGUUCAGAAUAGUGGCCCAACAUUUGUGCCUCCAAUGGCCGGCCCACCGCCACCAAUUUUUACGAACACCCCACGUGAGGUUCCAGAACCAAUGACAGCCUACAACCCAGGUACGGGUACGGAACUUCAUAGACACAGCAUGAUUAAUCUCAACGCGCCUCCCACACAAAUGUACAUGCAAGCAGUACCUCAACAGCAUUACCAAUCGCAGAUACUGCCAAUGAGACCUUAUCUGAUGUACCAACCUCAGCUUCAACAAAUGAUGGCUCCACAAGCCUCCGCGCCAACCUAUUCCACAGAUCCCGUCAUAAAUCAGCGCAUCGAGGAAUUUAUUCAAUUGCGCAGCAUUAUUGCUUCUGGUAACAAGACUCUCGAAUACCGAUUGAAGUGGAUGAAAAUGUUGCUCAUUGCGGUGAACUACAAGCUCUUUUCUUACAUCAACGUGAGGGGCAGCGCUGUAGCACCUGAUCAGGUAAUGGCCAACAAACACUUGUUCAUCAAGUCAUUUGUCACCCAUUUGCAAAAAUUGCUUCGAGAGCUUGAUUCCAACAAAGAUCCAAGAAAAAACAAGAUGUUUGCAGAGGUAUGCUACGUUCAGGGCUGUCUCUAUAUGAAUGACUUCAUCGAGAAAUAUAGUCAAGACUUUGGGUUCGAGCGCCAUGACGGUGAAGCUGAGCGCUUCUUCCAGCAUUGCUUGGAAUUGGACCCAGCUUGCUUCCGGGCUUACUAUAAGUUAGGAGAACUUUACGAAUCUCACGAAACAGAAGAGAAAUUUGACAUGGCAUUGGAACAUUACAAAGAGUCUGCUAAAAUGGGCUACAACAAAGCCAUCUACAAAGUUGCCUUGAUCUUCUUGUUUGUCCCCAAGGUUCGUCUGAUUAAGUUCUAUCGGUAUUUGAAAGAUUUGGCCAGCAUUGAUAUGGAGUCAACUGAUAUACAGCUUGAGGGCCCUGACCGCGAAGAGUUGGAAGAGGUUGUUGGACUGGCUCUGUUUCAGCUCGGCAAAGUGCACGAGGGUAUCUAUCCUGGAGAUUUGACCCUUGAAGACGAGUUUGUCACCGAAGCAACGUCUAUCGCAAAAGUGGACUACGCAAAAAGUCUUUCGUUUUACAAUAGGGCAGCCAAAGUGCACUGCCUUGAAGCACAAGUUCGUUUGGGUCGUAUCUAUGAAUUUGGAGAAUUGAACAGAAAGCCAAAUGCUGGAAAGUCCAUCCAAUGGUACAUUAAGGCGUCGACCUCUCCUCUCAAGUUUAAGCGUCACCCUGAGGCCAUGUUGGGAGUCAGCAGAUGGUUCCUCAAGGGCUCAGAUGGCACCAGUAAACAUAUUCCAUAUCCAAACCCCGAGACGGCCAUCACAUGGUGUGAAAGAGCCUGCAAGGAGUUCAAGUAUCCAGAGGCAUACUAUCAAAUGGGCCUCUUGGUUGAAGGGGAUUUCGUGAAAGGAGACGCAUAUGAGUGGUUCGCCGAGGCGGCUCAACAUGGACAUGCCGAGGCACAAGCCAGAUUGCACACAUAA